AUGCAGUCUUUGGAGUUGAAGGCCAAUAAUAGUGGUUUCCUGUCGAAUUCUCAAUUGGGGCUUCAAUGGAGUCUCCACGACUGCAGCUCCUACCCAGGAGGCGGCCUGUUCGCGUCCGUGAGCCAAAUGGGGGACAAUGAAAACGGCGGCUUUAAAAUACCGUACGCCGACUUGCUUGUGAAAUAUGUUUCCCUGCCGGAGGGAUUCAAGAUUUUUGAGCAAGAAGGUAAGAACAAGAAAAAUGGGCUCAGGCUUAAGAUUAAGAUUUCGAAUCCUUCCUUGAGGAGGCUGAUAAGCGGUGGGAUAGCGGGGGCCGUCUCGAGAACUGCUGUGGCCCCACUAGAGACGAUUAGGACCCAUUUGAUGGUGGGGAGUAGCGGGCACUCGACCAUGGAAGUCUUUCGUGAUAUCAUGAACACGGAAGGGUGGCCGGGGUUGUUCAGGGGUAAUUUUGUGAAUGUGAUUCGUGUUGCACCUAGCAAGGCAAUAGAGUUAUUUGUUUACGACACUGUGAACAAGAAUUUGUCGCCAAAAGCUGGUGAAGCCCCCAAACUGCCCUUCCCUCCCUCAUUGAUUGCUGGAGCCUGUGCUGGAGUGAGCUCGACUCUAGUCACAUACCCUCUUGAGUUGGUCAAGACACGACUAACCAUUCAGAGAGAAGUCUACAAUGGCUUGGUCGAUGCCUUUGUGAAAAUUUUGCAAGAGGGAGGGCCCGGGGAGCUUUACAGGGGCCUUACCCCAAGCCUCAUAGGCGUUAUCCCAUACGCAGCAACAAACUACUGUGCGUACGAUACUCUGCGCAAAAUCUACCGGAAAGUAUUCAAACAGGAAAAAAUUGGCAACAUCGAGACCCUCCUGAUUGGGUCAGUGGCUGGGGCCAUUUCAAGCACGGCCACUUUCCCUCUCGAGGUGGCCCGUAAGCACAUGCAAGUGGGGGCUGUAAGUGGGCGCCAAGUGUACAACAACGUGCUUCAUGCACUUGCCAGCAUACUCGAGCGGGAAGGACUGAAUGGUCUGUACAAGGGGCUGGGGCCGAGUUGUCUGAAGCUGGUACCGGCAGCUGGGAUCUCGUUUAUGUGUUAUGAAGCAAUGAAGAGGGUUUUGGUAGAUAGAGACGAAGAUGCAUAG